GUGCCUGGCCGUGCGUGCAGUCGCCGUGUGACCCGGAAGGGAGCUCUGAAGAGGCGGGGCCAGGACGGCGGGACCGGCCGCUGGGUCCCAGCGAGGGCUGAGCCGGGCGGUGGGAGGAGGUCAGGAUGGUUGGGGAACGGCAUGCUGGGGACCUCAUGGUGCCUUUAGGGCCUCGGCUGCAGGCAUAUCCUGAAGAACUCAUUCGACAGAGGCCUGGGCAUGAUGGGCAUCCUGAAUACCUGAUCCGAUGGAGUGUCCUGAAGUGUGGGGAAGUGGGCAAAGUGGGUGUGGAAGAAGGCAAAGCAGAGCACAUCCUCAUGUGGCUGUCAGCUCCUGAGGUCUACGCCAACUGCCCUGGGCUGUUAGGUGAGCGGGCACUAUCUAAGGGACCUCAGCACGAACCAGCUGGGGUUUCAGGAAGCUUUCCUCGAGAUCCAGGAGGCCUGGAUGAAGUGGCAAUGGGAGAGAUGGAGGCUGAUGUGCAGGCGCUGGUACGCAGGGCAGCCAGGCAGCUGGCAGAAAGUGGGACCCCAAGCCUCACGGCUGCUGUGCUCCACACCAUCCAUGUGCUCAGUGCCUACGCCAGCAUCGGGCCCCUCACUGGUGUCUUCAGGGAGACAGGAGCCCUGGACCUGCUCAUGCACAUGCUGUGCAAUCCUGAGCCUCAGAUCCGCCGGAGUGCAGGCAAAAUGCUGCAGGCUCUGGCAGCCCACGAUGCUGGGAGUCGGGCUCACGUCCUUCUGUCACUGAGCCAGCAAGAUGGCAUCGAGCAGCACAUGGAUUUUGACAGUCGCUAUACAUUGCUGGAGCUGUUUGCAGAAACCACAUCCUCUGAAGAACACUGCAUGGCCUUUGAGGGCAUUCAUCUGCCUCAGAUCCCAGGAAAGCUGCUCUUCUCCUUGGUGAAGCGCUACCUUUGUGUCACCUCCCUCCUGGAUCAGCUGAAUAACAGUCCAGAGCUGGGAGCUGGAGACCAAAGCUCCCCAUGUGCCACAAGAGAGAAAAGCCGGGGACAGCGGGAGCUGGAGUUCAGCAUGGCUGUGGGCAAUCUCAUCUCUGAGCUUGUGCGGAGCAUGGGCUGGGCCCGGAACCUCAGCGAACAGGGCAUGUCACCUCCCCGGCCAACCCGGUCCAUCUUUCAGCCCUACAUUUCAGGCCCCAGCCUUUUACUCCCCACCAUUGUCACCACCCCCAGAAGACAAGGGUGGGUCUUCCGCCAGCGCUCUGAAUUCUCCAGCCGUAGUGGCUAUGGAGAAUAUGUGCAGCAGACGCUGCAGCCGGGGAUGCGAGUGCGGAUGCUGGAUGAUUAUGAGGAGAUCAGUGCUGGGGAUGAGGGCGAGUUCCGGCAGAGCAACAACGGCAUUCCCCCUGUGCAGGUUUUCUGGCAGUCGACAGGCCGCACUUACUGGGUGCACUGGCACAUGCUGGAGAUCCUGGGCCCUGAGGAAGCCACUGAGGAUAAGGCUUCAGCAGCUGUGGAGAAGGGGGCAGGGGCUACUGUGUUGGGCACAGCAUUUCCCUCCUGGGACUGGAAUCCUAUGGAUGGGCUCUACCCUUUGCCGUACCUCCAGCCCGAACCUCAGAAGAAUGAGAGAGUGGGAUAUCUGACCCAGGCUGAAUGGUGGGAGCUGCUUUUCUUUAUCAAAAAGUUGGACUUGUGUGAGCAGCAGCCAAUUUUCCAGAAUCUUUGGAAGAACGUGGAUGAGACCCUGGGUGAAAAGGCCCUAGGUGAGAUCUCUGUGUCCGUGGAGAUGGCUGAGAGUCUGCUGCAGGUUCUCAGUAGUCGAUUUGAGGGCAGCACUCUCAAUGACCUGCUCAACUCCCAGAUCUACACCAAGUAUGGGCUGCUGUCUGAUGAACGAAGCAGCUCGUCUACUUCACGAAAUCACUCCUGUACCCCAGAUCCAGAAGAGGAGUCCAAGUCAGAGGCCAACUUCUCAGAGGAAGAGACUGAGUCCCCCAAAGCAAAGGCCGAGGCCCCUAAGACAGAGGCUGAGCCCACCAAGACAAGGACUGAGCCCCCCAUGGCACAGAGUGAUUCGCAGUUGUUUAACCAGCUUCUGGUGACUGAGGGGAUGACCCUGCCCACUGAGAUGAAGGAGUCAGCUAAUGAAAUGGCCAGAGCCUUGCGGGGUCCCGGUCCUCGCAGCUCCCUGGAUCAACAUGUGGCAGCGGUCGUGGCCACUGUGCAGAUAUCCAGCUUGGACACAAACCUGCAGCUUUCAGGGCUCUGUGCCCUCUCUCAGGCUGUGGAGGAGGUCACUGAGCGGGAUCACCCUCUGGUCCGUCCUGACAGAUCACUGAGAGAGAAGCUAGUGAAGAUGCUGGUGGAGCUGCUGACCAACCAGGUGGGAGAGAAGAUGGUGGUGGUGCAGGCCCUGCGCCUCCUUUACCUGCUCAUGACCAAGCACGAGUGGCGACCGCUCUUUGCCAGGGAGGGUGGCGUCUAUGCUGUACUGGUCUGCAUGCAAGAAUAUAAGACUUCUGUCUUGGUGCAGCAGGCUGGGCUGGCGGCACUGAAGAUGCUGGCCAUCGCCAGCUCCUCGGAGAUCCCCACUUUUGUUACUGGCCGAGAUUCUAUCCACUCUUUGUUUGAUGCUCAGAUGACCAGAGAGAUCUUCGCCAGCAUCGACUCAGCUACACGCCCGGGCUCUGAGAGCCUGCUCCUUGCUGUCCCUGCAGCCGUGAUCCUCAUGCUGAACACUGAGGGGUGCUCUUCUGCAGCGAGAAAUGGCUUGCUCCUGCUCAACCUGCUUUUGUGCAACCACCACACUCUGGGAGACCAGAUUAUAACCAGAGAGCUGAGAGACACGUUGUUUAGGCACUCAGGGAUAGCACCAGGGACAGAACCUAUGCCUACCACACGCACCAUCCUCAUGAUGCUUCUCAAUCGCUACUCAGAGCCGCCGGGCAGCCCUGAGCAUGCAGCACUAGAGACCCCCAUCAUCCAGGGUCAGGAUGGGUCCCCUGAGCUACUGAUUCGAUCCCUGGUUGGGGGCCCAUCUGCAGAACUACUCCUGGACUUGGAGCGUGUGCUGUGCCGUGAGGGCAGCCCCGGGGGUGCCGUGAGGCCCCUCCUCAAGCGCCUCCAGCAGGAGACCCAGCCUUUCCUCCUGUUGCUGCGGACUCUGGAUGCUCCGGGGCCCAACAAGACCCUGCUCCUGUCUGUGCUGAGGGUCAUAACCCGACUGCUGGAUUUCCCUGAGGCAAUGGUCCUCCCUUGGCAUGAGGUCUUGGAGCCCUGCCUCAACUGCCUGAGUGGCCCUAGCAGUGACUCUGAGAUUGUUCAGGAGCUGACCUGCUUCCUACAUCGCCUGGCCUUGAUGCAUAAGGACUAUGCUGUGGUGCUCUGCUGCCUGGGAGCAAAAGAGGUCCUCUCCAAAGUCCUGGACAAGCACUCAGCUCAGCUGCUGCUGGGCUGUGAGCUUCGGGACCUGGUGACAGAGUGUGAGAAGUACGCACAGCUCUAUAGCAACCUCACUUCUAGCAUCCUGGCUGGCUGCAUUCAGAUGGUGCUGGGCCAGAUCGAAGACCACAGACGAACCCACCAACCCAUCAAUAUCCCCUUCUUUGAUGUGUUCCUCAGGCAUCUCUGCCAGGGCUCCAGUGUGGAAGUGAAGGAGGACAAGUGCUGGGAGAAGGUGGAGGUGUCCUCCAACCCACACCGGGCCAGCAAGCUGACGGACCACAACCCCAAGACCUACUGGGAGUCCAACGGCAGCACCGGCUCCCACUACAUCACCCUGCACAUGCACCGUGGUGUUCUUGUUAGGCAGCUCACUUUGUUGGUGGCCAGUGAGGACUCAAGCUACAUGCCAGCCAGGGUGGUGGUGUUUGGGGGUGACAGCACCAGCUGCAUCAGCACUGAGCUCAACACGGUGAAUGUGAUGCCCUCUGCCAGCCGGGUGAUCCUCCUGGAGAAUCUGAACCGCUUCUGGCCUAUCAUCCAGAUCCGAAUAAAGCGCUGCCAGCAGGGCGGCAUUGACACCCGGGUUCGGGGUGUGGAGGUCCUGGGCCCUAAGCCCACAUUCUGGCCACUGUUCCGGGAGCAGCUGUGUCGCCGAACAUGUCUCUUCUACACAAUUCGGGCACAAGCCUGGAGCCGGGACAUAGCAGAGGACCGCCGGCGCCUCCUCCAGCUCUGUCCCAGACUGAACAGGGUUUUGCGCCACGAGCAGAAUUUUGCCGACCGCUUCCUCCCUGAUGAUGAGGCCGCCCAAGCACUGGGCAAGACCUGCUGGGAGGCCCUGGUCAGCCCCCUGGUGCAGAACAUCACCUCUCCCGAUGCGGAAGGUGUGAGUGCCCUGGGAUGGCUGCUGGAUCAGUACUUAGAACAGAGAGAGAGCUCUCAGAACCCCCUGAGUCGAGCAGCGUCCUUUGCUUCUCGAGUUCGUCGCCUUUGCCACUUGCUGGUGCAUGUGGAGCCUCCUCCUGGGCCUUCUCCUGAGCCAUCCACUCGGCCCUUCAGCAAGAACAGUAAGGGUCGGGACCGGAGCCCGGCGCCUUUGCCAGUGCUUCCAAGUAGCAGCCUGAGGAACAUAACCCAAUGCUGGCUGAGCGUGGUGCAGGAGCAGGUCGGCAGAUUCCUGGCUGCAGCUUGGGGGGCCCCAGACUUUGUGCCUCGUUACUGUAAACUCUAUGAGCACUUGCAGAGAGCAGGCUCCGAGCUGUUUGGGCCUCGGGCAGCCUUCACGCUGGCUCUGCGCAGUGGCUUCUCUGGCGCCUUGCUGCAGCAGUCCUUCCUCACUGCUGCUCACGUGAGUCCCACCAGCUCCCCACAGGGCUAUAAGGUCAUGUCCCAAGUUCAUCUCUUUCUGCUCUGCCCUUUCACCUCCUUUCGCUCCCCAGUCUCCUCCACUCCCUCAUUCAUGGUUUGCCCAUGCCCUUUCCACUGCCCCCAGAUGAGUGAGCAGUUUGCCAGGUACAUUGACCAGCAGAUCCAGGGUGGCCUGAUUGGUGGAGCCCCUGGAGUGGAAAUGCUGGGGCAGCUUCAGCGGCACCUGGAACCCAUUAUGGUCCUUUCUGGUCUGGAACUGGCCACAACUUUUGAGCACUUCUAUCAGCAUUAUAUGGCGGACCGUCUCCUGAGCUUUGGCUCGAGCUGGCUGGAAGGGGCUGUGCUGGAGGAGAUUGGCCUCUGUUUUCCCAACCGCCUCCCCCAGCUGAUGCUGCAGAGCCUGAGUACCUCUGAGGAGCUGCAGCGCCAGUUCCACCUCUUCCAGCUCCAGCGGCUUGACAAGUUGUUCUUGGAGCAGGAAGAUGAGGAGGAAAAGAGACUAGAGGAAGAGGAGGAGGAAGAGGAGGAAGAGGAAGCUGAGAAAGAAUUAUUUAUUGAAGAUCCAAGUCCAGCCAUUUCUAUACUGGUCCUGUCACCACGCUGCUGGCCGGUCUCCCCACUCUGCUACCUGUACCAUCCCAGAAAGUGCCUUCCCACAGAAUUCUGUGAUGCCCUUGACCGUUUCUCCAGUUUCUACAGCCAGAGUCAGAACCAUCCAGUCCUGGACAUGGGACCACAUCGGCGACUGCAGUGGACGUGGCUGGGCCGGGCUGAGCUGCAGUUUGGGAACCAGACACUGCAUGUGUCCACCGUGCAGAUGUGGCUGCUGCUGAAUUUCAAUCAUACAGAGGAGGUGUCAGUAGAGACCUUGCUGAAGGAUUCUGCCCUCUCCCCAGAGCUGCUGCUCCAGGCACUCGUGCCCCUCACCUCGGGGAAUGGCCCUUUGACCCUGCAUGAGGGCCAGGACUUUCCACGCAGGGGUGUGCUGCGGCUUCAUGAGCCUGGGCGCCAGCGCAGUGGGGAGGCCCUGUGGCUGAUACCUCCCCAGGCGUACCUGAACGUAGAGAAGGAUGAGGGCCGAACCCUGGAACAGAAGAGGAAUCUCUUGAGCUGUCUUCUUGUUCGUAUUCUCAAAGCCCAUGGGGAAAAGGGCCUCCACAUUGAUCAGCUGGUUUGUCUGGUGCUGGAGGCCUGGCAGAAGGGUCCAAAUCCUCCUGGAACCCUGGGCCACACUGUUGCUGGGGGCGUGGCCUGUACCAGUACAGAUGUGCUCUCUUGCAUCCUGCACCUCUUAGGCCAGGGCUACGUGAAACGGCGUGAUGACCGGCCCCAGAUCCUGAUGUAUGCUGCUCCAGAGCCCAUGGGGCCCUGCCGGGGUCAGGCAGAUGUCCCUUUCUGUGGCAGCCAGAGCAAAACCUCCAAGCCUAGCCCAGAAGCUGUGGCUACCCUGGCAUCUCUACAGUUGCCUGCAGGCCGCACCAUGAGCCCCCAGGAAGUAGAAGGGUUGAUGAAGCAGACGGUGUGUCAGGUGCAGGAGACUCUGAACUUAGAGCCAGAUGUCGCUCAGCACCUUUUGGCUCAUUGCCACUGGGGCGCUGAACAGCUGCUGCAGAGCUACAGUGAGGACCCUGAGCCACUGCUGCUGGCAGCUGGGUUGUGCGUACCCCAGGCCCAGGCUGUACCCGCACGGCCUGACCACUGCCCUGUCUGCGUGAGCCCUCUGGGUUGUGACGACGACUUGCCCUCUCUCUGCUGCAUGCACUAUUGCUGUAAGUCUUGCUGGAAUGAGUACCUGACAACUCGGAUAGAGCAGAACCUUGUUUUGAAUUGCACCUGCCCCAUUGCCGACUGCCCCGCCCAGCCCACCGGAGCCUUCAUUCGUGCCAUCGUCUCCUCACCAGAGGUCAUCUCCAAGUAUGAGAAGGCGCUCCUGCGUGGCUAUGUGGAGAGCUGCUCCAACCUGACCUGGUGCACCAACCCCCAGGGCUGCGACCGCAUCCUGUGCCGCCAGGGCCUGGGCUGUGGGACCACCUGCUCCAAGUGUGGCUGGGCCUCUUGCUUCAACUGUAGCUUCCCUGAGGCACACUACCCUGCUAGCUGUGGCCACAUGUCUCAGUGGGUUGAUGAUGGCGGCUACUAUGACGGCAUGAGUGUGGAGGCACAGAGCAAGCACCUGGCCAAGCUCAUCUCCAAGCGCUGUCCCAGUUGUCAGGCUCCCAUCGAGAAGAACGAGGGGUGCCUGCACAUGACCUGUGCCAAAUGUAACCAUGGAUUCUGCUGGCGCUGCCUCAAGUCCUGGAAGCCAAAUCACAAAGACUAUUACAACUGCUCUGCCAUGGUAAGCAAGGCAGCUCGCCAGGAGAAGCGGUUUCAGGACUAUAACGAGAGGUGCACUUUCCAUCACCAGGCGCGGGAAUUUGCUGUGAACUUGCGGAACCGGGUAUCUGCCAUCCAUGAAGUGCCCCCACCCAGAUCCUUCACCUUCCUCAAUGAUGCCUGCCAGGGACUGGAGCAGGCUCGGAAGGUGCUGGCCUAUGCCUGCGUGUACAGCUUCUACAGCCAGGACGCAGAGUACAUGGACGUGGUGGAGCAGCAGACGGAGAACCUGGAGUUGCACACCAAUGCCCUGCAGAUCCUCCUGGAGGAGACCCUGCUGCGGUGCAGAGACCUGGCCUCCUCCCUGCGACUCCUGCGGGCUGACUGCCUCAGCACGGGCAUGGAGCUGCUCCGACGGAUCCAGGAGAGGCUGCUUGCCAUCCUGCAGCAUUCCGCCCAGGAUUUCCGGGUUGGUCUUCAGAGUCCAUCAGUAGAGGCCUGGGAGACAAAAGGACCCAACGUGCCCGGCAGUCAGCCCCAGGCCUCCUCAGGGCCAGAGGCGGAAGAGGAGGAGGAAGACGAUGAGGAUGAUGUGCCCGAGUGGCAGCAGGAUGAGUUUGAUGAGGAGCUGGACAAUGACAGCUUCUCCUACGAUGAGUCUGAGAACCUGGACCAAGAGACUUUCUUCUUUGGUGAUGAGGAGGAGGAUGAAGAUGAGGCCUAUGACUGAGGGGGCAAAUGCAGGAAACACCUAGAGCCGCCCCAGAGUCACGGGGCUGCGGGGGCGGGAGCUGCCCCUGUUUGUCAUGGGGAGGGGAUUCCCAGCGUCUGCAGUGCCUCUUUCUGUUUAUUGAAUAAAGGCCUCUUUCUCACACAC